GCACACGCCAUCUGGAGGCUAAAGUAGGUAAUAACACCUGGACAGUUUAGACAGUGCUUUCUGCCUGACUGUCUUGAUGCCCAUACGUAGAAGGUCACAUAGGUCUUAUAUUUUAUCAUAUCAUUGAACCUAUACUGUCGGAUAAUUUUUUAUCAUAUUGUUGCUUAUUAAAUCAGAAAUUUAAAGUUGCUUAAUAAAUGUUAAGUAUAUGAACAUACAGUAUUAUAUUACAUCAUACUGCAAUGUAUCAUAUUAUAUUGUAUCAUAUAGUAUCAUAUUGAAUCACACAGACCACACUGUAUUAAAACCAAUUUUUACCAUAUCAUUGCCCUUUUUAAUUCAAAUGUAUUACAUCAUACUAUAUUUUAUUGCUUUAUGUUUAUUAUAUAUUGUUAUAUCAUAUAUUAUAAAUUGUAUCAUAUUUCAGUCUAAUAUCACAACUGUCUCGUCAUCAUAAUCAUAUUUUAUCAUAUAGUACCGAAUCCUAUCUCUUGUAUGUAGCAAAAAAAUGCAUUCAGGACAAAGGAGCUGAAAAUGUCCCAAAAAGAAGCUUAUUAAAAAAUGAACAACCCCCUAAACAAACAAAUUCAUAAGAAACUGACUUUUUAACCAAUCAGCAAAGUGCUCCAGGCCUGAAGGAGAAUCAUUUUGAACUGGGGUUUAGUGAAGUGAGAGAGAGGUGAAAUGGUCUUCGGGGCCGACCUCUGUAUGUUUUCAGACCUGGGGUGAGGUCUUGGUAUGUCCAGUACGAAAAAAACCUCUGAGAUCAAAAGAGGAUUUUAUGAUGACAGGAAAUUCUGAUGUGAAGUAGUUUUCUUGCUGAGCUUUGCUCCCGGCUUUUGAGCUAACCCUGUGAUCCCCUUAACUAUUCGCCCAUUCCCAUUUUAUCUUCUUCAUACAAGGUGUCCAAACCUCAGUAAAGCUGCCAUAAGUACCUGAUGCAUGAAUUAAAAAAUACAUCAUUUCAGAUUUUGGAUUCUGACUUUUGUAGAUGUUUUUGAGUUUGCAUUAUUUCCACAUUUGCAGCUAUUUUGGAGGAAAUUUUCUUGGCUGUAGCAGUUUGUUUGCCCUUGUAAGCCACCACAUAAAGGUGUUUUCCAGCACAGAGUGUUCAAACGACUUCUUAUUACAAUCCUCCUCUAGGCAGGCAGGCAGAGCUGCGUGUUUGAAUUAUAGCAUUGUUUUGAAAAUGCCACCAAAGAGAGCUUUUACUUCUGCCUGUUCUCUGUGACGAAUAAAUUGUUUUCUGUACCUUUUUAUGGCUUUGAUAAAUAUUCAUCUCAGCGCUGCCUGCGUCCUGCUGCAGUGCAGAGUAUUUCAGGGCUGAGCUGUGAGGGAUAUUGAUGAGCUGUGGGUCUGAGGAUGCCCCGAUCGCACAGCAAUCAGGCCUCAUGAUGGCUCCUGUGGCCUGUGUGCAGCCUGAACAAUCAGGUACAUCUUAACUCGUUUUUUCCUGUUUUUUUUUUUCUUUUCUUUUCUUUUUUUUGUAACAGGGCAUGACUUCACUCAGCCAUUACCCUUCCUGCUUGGUGUUUCACAUACUGAUUGGAUACAUUGUGGUGUUUUCUAAGCCCCGCUCAAGGGACAGAAAGUCUAAUCCAGCACAGAGGCGUUCAGUAGCAUCCAGAGCGUGGUGGGACAGUGCAGCGGCUUGUGUGCAGCAACACAUUGCUAGCCAGCGAAUUCAGAUGGGAGUGGGAUUGUGAAAGCCUUUAAAUGUGUCUUGGGGGCUGGUUAGUGGGGAUUAUUAUCCAAAGAAUCAUGACAGGAAUUCAAUAACAGGCUUUUGUCCUGUGAAAUUUCACACUUCCCAUAAGGAUCCUUCUGUUUCUGCCUCUCUUCCUCUUCCUCUCUAUCCCUCUGCUCCUCUGAGGGGAACGAGUUAAAAGCAUAAUACUGGGAGUACUUGAGUGCUGAGGAUUCCUCUUGAAUGCUAAGCAGUUUUAUCAAAUAGCAGGCUGCAGCACAGGAUCCUAGGUACUGAUGGGCAGCGAGGAGCAGUAGACAUCUGACAAGAGUGUGCAUACUUCACCCUGUGUGUGUUAAAGUGAAAAACAACCUCCAGAAGGAAGACAGAGUUUUUAGUGUCUCCGUCUCAGUUAUUAGAAAAAGGUGCACGUCUUCUGUGUGUGUGUUUUAGGCAACACUGCAGACAAGACACCGUUCUGGAUGUAAACUCUUAUAGAGAAAUGUAAACCUUGCAUAGAGAAAAAUUGCAUAUUUAUAUUAUUUCUGAAGGCUGCACUGAGAAAAUAUUCUGAAAAAGUUGCUACUAUGAGAAAUCUGCACCUUACAGCAUAAUAGUUCUGGUUUACAUUACUCCACAGUUUAGGCUGCAAAAUAAUCUGUUUGGAUGUUCUCAGCCUGUCAUGAAAAGGCAGAUUUUCAACAAAAGGUGCGUUCAAAGCAAAAUGUCUGCCAGUCAGAAAGACUGAAAUUUCCACAGAAAAAGAAAAAGAAAGAAAACUGGACUCAUUUUUCUCCCAUGCAUCUUGAAGUUUACACAUCUAAAUGAUGUGCAGCCGAACAAUUUGACAGCUCCUUGGCUUCAUUCUCGCCUUUUUGUUUUAAUCACAGGGGGAAAAGCAGAUUUAGUUAUUCUGAAGUCCUGUAUGUGUUCCAGUGCAGAAGAAUCAAGAAAAGCAAACACUCAGCAUCCUUGUGUCUGCAACAUUUUACAAGUGAUUAGUUCGGACGCAUUGUUAGUGUUUGAAUAUGCAGUACAGUGUGUACCAGACAAACUGCUCAUCAUGUGCAAACUACAUGACUUAAAGGUCAGUUUGGUUUUCUGUUGUUUCUCAGUUUUUCCAUUUACCUUGACUUCACUAUUAAUUUCCCAUUUUUUUUCUCCUACAGUGGUCUUUAAAGCUCCUAUAAGGACUCAUUGACCAGUUAUGAAACAGUCUGAAAUCAAUAAUGAUGCCUCAACUUACAAACCCAAUUAAGACCAUCAGCAUCAAAACUUACAGUCUCUAUCUGGUCAUUUUUUAUGCUUUUAACUGAGGACAGAGUGGUAGAUUUCAGACAAACUUGAUUGACAGAAUGCUGAAUAAACACCCUCUCUGAGCAUCAUUCAUAAAGAUACUCAAAGCAGAACAGUUUUUUUCUAGUCAAAAAACAAAACACUUGUUGUGUUGUCUCACCAAAUGUAAAUAAAAUCAUUCAUACGAGUGAAUUACAUGGAAAGUCAAUUGAAAGAUGCAAAUAGAUUCAAAUGUCUGUCAGGCAAAGCAAAUCCUCAGUCCUGUUUGUUGUACACAGACUGAACUAUCAUGGAGGAACUCUUUCUCUUCUGCAUUACUUAUAUUUAUGUUUAGGCUCCCCCACUGACUCAAUACAGAAAAGCGAGUUAUUUGCAUGAAAUAAGUGAGUAAAUACCUUAUGUUCAAUCAGAUGUGCACAAAUAAAGAAGAGGUCUAGACACUACACAUGUUCAGAACCAGAUCUGCACAAAGAUCAGAGGUAUCACUUUGUCCACAGGGGGCGCCAAAAACAACACAAAUUUCUCACAGGAUCGUUACACAAUCAACUGAAACUUAAACUUGAUCUGCUCAGCUGAAAUCAAACUUUUCUUCUGUGUCAAAAACUGAAUUUAUAAUUCAUAUCCUUUGAAUAUUUCCCUGACAACCGUUAUCAACCACCUCUUUUCAGGCAAAUACAGAUUCAUUUUUAUAGUUUCUGACAAGUGUACUGACAAAACAUCUGCAUCUGUCUAAAUGAGAGCUUGGAUAUUUUAAUGAUAGCUUUUCCUUUGCCGCUCAGUUCACACAUCAAAAUCUUUUUAAUGAGUUGAAUAAUGUAAUGUAUCCUUAGUCAGUAGAAUAGUUGACUUUUUAAGGAGACCUUAAAUUUGUUUUUCUUUAUUGGGGGGGUUAUUUGACAAAACUAUAAUACAUUGAUUAGUUUGCUACAUUUUUUUUAUUACAAAGUGUUUCUUAAAUACAUUAACUAAAAUCCCACUUGGCCUUCAGGACAUAAAAAGCUCUUAAUACUUUUGAAUUACAGUCUCUCACACCCUCAGACUCACACAGACAAAACAUUUUUCUGUAUAACACUCAGCCUACACAGUUUCUAUCUGAGUCUAAAUAAGAAGCGCGGUGCUGCUGUGGGAGUACAAGUCCUGACUGAUUGCUUGUGCAGGUGGAAAGGAUGCAAUGCAUGUGUGUUUCUCUGUGUGUGAGUUUGUGUUGUGGCGAAACCAUUUCCGUCCCCCAGUUCUGUUGUAAUUACACUGAACAGUUUUGUCAGUGAACGAUGCUCAAAGACAGCACAGUUCAUACAGGAGACAGAAAAGAGUGCACAAACAGCAAACAUUCAAGCACUGUAAGAGAACCUCAGCAUAAAGAUUUCAUGCAACUGUAAGGGAUGUCAUCUGGUGGGGUUUAAAUGUUUAAAUAUUGCUAUUUCUUACAAGGGGAAGAAAGAGUUUCCUGUGAUAAUCCCUGUGACAGUGGGCUUAUCCUCCUUCCUGAGUCUUACCACAACAACUUUGCCCCCAGCAUAAAAUUCAUGCCAGUGUGAUGCAAGAUUUGCAGGAUAGAAGCUGCUUUCCGUAGCAACAGUCAGGGGCAUUUCCAGGGGUGGUAUGGGCCCCCUGAAAGAUGAUUGGACACACCGGGUGAGAAUAAAUAGACUAUGACCAGAUAUCUGCUCAAACACAGGCAGGAUUUACCCCCAAACUAGCUAGUCCAGCUUUUGUUGCAAGUGGCUUCAAGUUGCUUUUGUUGGAAUAAAGAUAUAGCCGUUGAUAUUGUUUAGUUUGACUUCAAUGUACAUCUACUUCUUUAGGUCUGAAAAAUGUAAGCAUUCAGAGUUUGGAAGUUGCCACUCUGCAGCGCAUUUUUACAUCAAACAUGUAUUCAGCAGUACGAUACCUUCAUGUUAAAAUAAAAAUAAAAAUAAAAACUGGCAAACACCAAGUCACCUCAACUUCAAAGUCAGCACUGGAGGCUUAUUCAUCAGAUCAUCACCGAGCUUCCAUAUCCUUUUCUUCCAUGGAUUUAGUUUUUUUUUUUUUUUUUUUUUUUUCUGAUCACAGCUGUUUAUUAUUAUUAUUACUAUUAUAAAAUUUUUAUUUCAUUUUUUUAUCAGUUAAAUAAUUUUACAAAAUAAUAACUUUUACAACUAAAUAAAUGACAUGAAAACAAGGUAAUCAGACAAACAAGAUGUCACGCAACCAAAGAGAGACAGAAAUAUUUAUAAACUUAUUAAUAAUAAAAUGAAAUUAAUAAUAAAAGAAAAAAAAGAAAAGAAAAUUUACAAAAAUAUUUUUUUAAAAAUCUGAAAAAAGGGAAGUCAGGAAAUAACUGUAAGCAGGAUAUUAACAAUAACAGUGGAGAAAGGUACCCUUGUUAACAAAGCUAUACAUAGGUUUUAAUAUUCAAGAUCCUAUCAGGAUUUUUCUUGUUGCUUUUAUGAAAUAGACUGAUAUUAAUUUUGAUAACUUUUUAAUAAUAUCCAGAAUGAAUCAAGACUAUCAGCAACAAGAUUUACGAAUAAUUGUAAUGCCUUAAACUAGUUUGAGGAGGUAGAUGUCCUGUAACAGCCCUGCAUUUACAACUUACACAUUUCACAAUUCAUAAUAGAGUUUACUGUCAAAAGUCAUUAGGAUUAAUUUUUUUUUUUUAAGUCACAAAUUGGUACGUAGAGGAGAAGAAAAGCAAUGACUGAUUUGUCCACAGGGGGAACCAAAACUUACAUAUGAGCAAACUUCCUUACUGGAGCUUUAAUAUGUAGACAUAUAUAAUAAAUAAAAUACAUUCAGAAGCAUGCAUUUUUGUGCAGCCAACCAACCUUUGUGACCACGGCUCCUGUUUUAUUGGGCUAAAGAAGCUAGCAAAGCUUGUAAUAUGUAGCAAACUCAUUUUUAGCUCACCUGCUUUUGGUGACAGAACUGUAGUCGACCAACACAUGCCAUGUUCAUUAGAAUAAGAUGCCUCUAAACCCACUUUCCACCAAUGUCUGGGGAAUAGCCAACAAUAACCCUGGCUCUUUUGCACUGGCAGAUUCAUAAACUUAUGUAUGAAAACACUGAAUGAGCUAAUUGCUAAUUGCCAAGCUAUUUGUUGCUGCAUAUGCUUAUAGUGCUAAAAUAUUAAUAUAAUGCCUUUUUACUCAGUGAAAAGGCUUAUGCUCAGCCAUUAAGAGCCAUAACUAACAAGCAAAUUCAUAUUAUUUGUCCAUUUUUGGAUGAAAAAUUCAACAUUAAAACUUAUAGGUGCAAAAGCCAGCAGUAUCCAGAAGCCAUUCAAAGCCACCAUGAUCUAUUUUACUGUGAAAUAUUAUUGAAAUGUGGGAUGUAAAAUCUUUACAACUGUGAUGAAAAGGAACAAAACAUCAAAUAUAUUUCUGGUUGUUAAAAUGUGGAACCACAUUUAAUGCACUUGCACAUUGGCUUAAGUUUGAAACACCCAGAGAUGGUAAUAUGUCAGUGACCUUGCUACGCCACCCCUGUCAAAAAAUUCAGGAUCUGCCCCUGGCUACCAGAGCUGCAAAUGUGCUACAAAGUGAGCUUCAAAUAGCUUGAGAUAUAAGAAACAAAGAACAAAACUCAGACGAAGGUGUCUGAGGUAAGGAUGAAAAAAGCAACUUAACCCCUCAGGGUGUUGUGCCAUGUGCUCAGAGCGUCAUGCCACCUGCUCAGAGAUGAGCGCUGCUCCUGGAGGUUUUCAGGGGGGGAUCAACUCUCAGAGUGCAUUCUGGGUAAGGUACCAGUGGAGCCAAUUUAGUAGCAAGGCUGCAGAGGAAGGAGAUGUCUUGGAGGAAACCUGGCUUGAGGCUUAAUUUAACAUCUAAAGAAAACAGUGGUACUGACAUAGAUUUCAUUUGACAGCCACCGCCCACUCACACUCUGCUGCUCCUGCUCUCUCUCUCCACACACACAUACUCUCACACACACACACGUUUUUCCCCACACUUUCGCUUUUUCCUCAUCCGCCAUCUGACAUAUACGUACAAAUUUACAGAAAGUGAUGCAACAUCCCCCUUCAGCUGCAGUCUAAGGCGGGCAUCCAUGAAGAAGGCCUGCUAAGAUGUACAGGGGAAACCAUAAAACAUGACUCAAGCUGGCAUUCAUGCAGAACCAUUAACCAGCCACCAGAUCAGGAUAUUACAGGAUGUGCGAUUAUCUCUGUGUGCUUGGUCAACAUAGGUACUUUCAGUAACAAAUGUAAUUUCCACAGAGCUCUGUUUAUCUUUAUGGUCAUAUGAGCGCACAUGAUGCCUGAUAAGCACUUCCUUUGAAAGAGAUGUCAUAUAAUUAUUUACAUGAGCUGAGGGAAAGUCCAACAUUGUUUGAACUUGCUCAUGAUUUCCUGUUCUCUCAAAUAUUCCACUUUUUAAUUUUUUCCAGUGUCCAAAACAAGUGAGGCAGCAGAGCAGUCAGCUUUCACUGUUAGCACACCUGAAGAGCAUAUUUUUAGUUAGUUGUACCUGAAUUUUUUCAAUUUGGGAUACUUUACUGGACAUCAUGCAUCACUUCUAGACCAUCCUGACAGUUUUUGUAAUCUUAAAUAUAGAGCAUAUGAACACCUUAUAAAAAAUGAAUGCAUUAUCAGAAAUGAAAGGCUGAUCAAACCCACUCAAAUGUUUCCAGUCAUCUUGGUUGAAUAAACCCACUCAGGUUGCAGUGCUGCAACGCUUUGCUGGAAUUUAUAUGAGGUCAAACUCCAUAAACUAAUAUUCAGAUGAAGUUGUGUCUGGUCCAGCAGCAACCUAAGAGGGGAGGCAGAGAGGUGUCCAUCAAAGUGAGUCUGUGCGCCCGCCCCCAGAGUCCUGUUGAAAAGUCUCAUUAAAUAAUUAGGAUGAUACAGAUCCAUGUGGGGGUGGACCAUGUUUAUGCAGGAUCAUUGAGAUCAUCGACAGUUUACAAAAUAUGAAUUUGAAUGAGCUCAAUCUCAAUUAGCUAUACUUUGAUAUCGAUGCUGCUUGAAUUUAAUGGAACCACAAUGUAACAGCAGUAUUUGUACAUCAACACAAUAUGAAUCCUACCUGCAUAGCGUGUCCAAUCAGUGCAGAAAUAUCACAACCAAACACUUUAACACCUUGACACCUUGAUGGACCAAAGGGCCAAUGGUGGUGGACGACUCCUCUCUCUUUGCUGCAGGACAGAAAGAUUCAGAAGAUCUUUUGUACCAACAGCCAUCAGACUUUAUAACUCUUGAGUAAAUAGUAGAUAACUUUUGGAGACAUAUAAUGUGAGAUAACAGACAAUUGAAUUUCCCUUCCAGGAUUAAUAUAGGUAUUCUUAUUCUUAAAUGCUUGCAGGUUUGAAAUGCACAAUUUUCUCUCACGUAAUAAAUCAAGAAUAGUAGGUCUGACUUGCUCAAUGGACCAAGUACAGUUACUGUAGCAUCUCACAAACUUUUUAAGUCCUGAAAAGUUAGUGAGAUGCACUUACUGAAAAAAAUAAUAAUGUUGUCAAUAAAUAAGUCUGAGUCCUUUCACAUUCUCCAUCUUUAAGGUCCUGAGGCAGUCAAGAGUCAUCAGAGCCAGAGUCUAAAUCAUGUCCUGGACUACAAUACUGAGUGGCUCACGGACCAAUAUGAAAACUAGUUUAUGAGAACAGCAAAAUAAAAUAAAAUAAUGUAGACACAGCGGUUCGUGUGUGGCGCCAUAUUGCAUAGCAGCUAUUACCGCUGUGGCAACGCAGCGUCUGCUGCUGUCUGCUGACUGUGACAACAGUGCGUAUAGCUGGAUUAGGGGCGUACCAUAUUACACACCGGGUACAACAAUUGUGUGAUUACAUGUGGCACCACCACAACACCACUACAACAGGUGCUUUUAAGAGAAGUAAGCUGAGUUAAUGCAGCAAAACAAACCCACUGCAAAGAAGAACAAAAUUACAGUAAAUAAAAGACCAAGACAGAAAAAAAAAUGAAAUAGCUGGGUGAACUCUGAUGCUUUUCUUUUGGUGUCAUUCUAUAAACUAUGAUUUUAUGUUCAUUUUCCUGCUGACGACUCAUUAUUGCCUUUCCUGUGAUCAGGCGAAAAUCAGUGCAGGUCCCACUGAAGGUAGAGUUUGGCACACGUGUCACAUUAUGAAACAACAUUAGCAUAUCUAGGAGCUCAGCUGUUCUUCCAUCUCUCUGCAGAUGGAGAGUUUGAGCAGAAAGGUUAGCACUAAUAAGCAGCAGUCCUGAUGGCAGAUCAAUACGAGCCACUAAUCAUAAUCAUCAGAGAAGGUUAUGACCAUGAAUGACAACAGAGCUUUGUUACCGCCUGAGUUGUAGCAGGAAUAGAUUGUGCACAAGCAAUAUGUCGUGAUAUUUAAUGUUGUAAUCAAUUUACACCACCAUGAUUUAAAAAGAUAAACCAUGAGUAGACCAACAAAUGCAAACAAUUCCUCCUUUUUUUGAGCCACAUUGAAGAGGAGCUGCAGAAAAUCCGUGUUUCCAGACUUUUAAUUUAUGGGGGCACAAUAAGGACAACAGUGAGGACAAACCAGGAGAACAAUGGCGUCACUGUUUAUUGACAAAUAAUGGAUAAAAGCUGGCAUCAUGGGGCUGUAGGCCUGCAGUCUGUGUGGGUGUGAACUGAUACAGUCAGUACUGUGGCGCCAUCUAGUGGUCGUGAACGGACAAGCUGGACAAAUUAAAGUAAAUUGGUUUUGUUGACAUUCAAAAGUCCACUUGGCAGAUAAAAUUAUCAAAACACAAUUCAUGAGGUCAUUUUGUGUGGUUUUUACUCACAAACAGGUAUCAGCUCUAUCUUUAUUUAAAAUAUAUCCAGUGAACAAUGACAUAGCCACAGAAUGACGAUACACAUGGACAAAGACAAUAUGAGAAAUUCUACAUUUUUGGUGCAAACUGAUGACCAACUUGGUUAAAGGGUUUGCUAUACAGUUUCAUAGUUGUGUUACUUUUUUUGUGUGUAUUAUUUGUUUGGGGGUAUUACUGUUUAUGUUUCAUCAUGUGAAAAUCUAGGUAGCGUCACCAUUAUAGCCAAUAAGUUUGCAAAGAAUUCACUUAUUUAAUCCCAUUGUUCCAAGUGUGUAAUUGUGUUUUUACACUUACUUUUUACGCAAUAAUUAAUUUCAUAUUAUAUUUAGUUGGUAAUUGUAAAAAUGCAGGUUAAGGCUUCAGUGAGGAUUUAUUUCAUUUAUUAUACAACAGUGAGGACAAACCAGGAGAACAAUUUAUUAUACAGACUGAAAUGCCUUUCCAUGAAAAACAAAAAUAACAAGACAAACAUCAGAGACAAGGUUCAGGAUUCUUAUAUUGUAAUUUCAAAGAUGAAAACAGAAGUGAGGGGGGAGGUGUCAGCUCAGCAGCUGAAGAAACAGCUCUGUUUUUACCAUCUCUACAUAAAAUAUUCACAAUGGAUGAAACAUCUGACUGUCAAAAGUCAUUACACAAGUAUCCAGAUGAUAUGACAAUAAAAGACUGCUUUGUCUGCAGGUGCUGUCAAAUUUCACUCAAACCAAAAUUCUUCACAUGAGCUUUAAUAAGUGCUCUCUUUAACAACACAGCUGCCUGUAACUUCAAUUGAUAUCUGUGGGAAAAAAAGACACUCUUAACAACUGUAGGUGUGAGCAGGAUCGGGCUGUGAAAGAUAUCCGAAGCAAAGGCAAAGAUUUACUCAUUUAUACAUAGCAGAAUUCCCUUUAAUUCGCACACAGUCAUUUCUGUUUGGCCAUUAACCAUUGGAGGGGAAAACAGAAAACUGUAGAAAUACUAAUAAUUUAUUUAUUUACACAAACUUUAAAGAAUCAUCAGCUGACAGGACUUAAAGUUUACCUUAUAUCUAGCGACUCAGAGGGCAAAGGUAGGUUUAACGCUAACAUUGACUGGCCUGCUAACAUCUUCACAGCACAGAUUUAUUUAAAGUUAUUACAUUUAUUAACAUUUUAUUCUUACUCUAAUAGCAAUUAAUCAUUCAGUCUUUAUUCAGGGACAAAAACAGCAGGUAGACUGGACUCUUACAUUAUUUACUUUACAGUAAUCCACCGACUCCCCAUUAACAGGCCAUGAUCUUAAGCAGAGCCAGACUUAUGUUGGACAGCCAUCUGCCAAGACUGUGCAAUAAACAUAACUCCACAUUCACCCCUAAUAAGUUUUUGGUACGCAGCUAAAAAAAGUCAUAAAAGUAUUAGAAAGAUUUAAGUUUCUUUUAAAGUUUGAUGUCAGGGCAGUAAAUAUCUGUACAAAAUGUAGAAAAAAAACGUAUAAAUCACUCAUGAUAUUUCACAAUGACUGACUGGCCAAAAGUGUUAUAAAUAUCAAAAGAGCAUAAUGCAAACAUGGAUGACAAAUGAGGAGAUCAGGAUAAAAUUUCAUAUAACAAAGAGGCUAAAUGUAACAUUAUAUACAAAUAUGUUUUUCAGAUCUUGCAGUUAAUAACUGGGUGUAACACACGCUAUUAUAAACUGAUAUUACACUGAUAUUCCCUCUGCCUGGCUGUGGACUAAUGAUCCAGUAUAUGCUUAAUUCCAGUUUUUCUAAAUCUGACUUUAAUGAUACCAAUAAAGACUGAUCCACAUAUUGAUAAACACCAUUCAGUGUGUGCAGACACCUGUUCAUUGGUUAUCAAUUCACAGUAUUGGAAUUUUUACAGCCGAAUAUUCAACAAAAAUUGAUAAUGAGAUCAAGACGAUGUUUUAUAAAAUACAUAAGAAUACAAAGAUAGAAAAGUAAACAAACAAAACCUCUGCAUCUACAUAUGAAACAGAAAAAGGAUAAGGUCUAUACAAAAUCUGAAAUAAUAAUCAGCGUGAAUUAGAUGAGCUGGUCUGCCAAUGGGUGGCACAAGAGAGACAGAACUUGGACUGUAGGGCUGACUUUUGCCCCUGUCGUCUGAGAGGAGUUGAAAUGCACCUAUAAAAAUGUCCAGACACACACACAAGAACAACACGAUGGAGAUUUGUCUAUUAAAACAUACAAAUAACGUCUAUCAGCUGAAAGUUUACAGUACAUGUGAAGGCCUUCUCCAAAAUAAUGAUGACAACAUUUCUGCAGAUUCUUGUUAUUCUUUGUUUUCACUUGUCAUUUUAAAGAUCUGAAUGUGUCAGUCCUUCACAGGGAGAAAAGAGCAGCCAUCCCACAGUGAGGCAACUAUCCGGCAACUUUCCUGCGUCUUAGAAAAGUUCACUUUGGGUAGUUUGAAGUCAAAGUCAGAGAGUUUUCACCCUCAGAUCAUGAAGGACUGAGUUUGUUUGUAGUGCUUGAGCUGUAGGGAGCAGAGAGACAUGCAAUGAAUCAUUUCCCUUAAUUAGCAUGGGAUCAGUCUUAUCAGCAUCUUAUCAGCUCCAUUUAAUGGCAACCUAAAUUCAAGGCAGGGAGCAAAACAAGCCCUGACACCAUAACAACUGUGAUCACUCACGUUACGGAUGGGAGGAGGAGGAGGAGGAGGAGGGGGGUUGUAGGGCUUGGCGCUGAAAGACAAAGGGUAGCAGUUCAGUGUGAGCUCAUUAUCACUAGAAAACACACGGCUGCAGGCAUAAACAAGAGUCAGAAUGAAAAGUGAAAGCCUUACCUUUUUGUUUUCUUGUCCUCUGUUCAAACACCCGAUGAACCAGGUAGGAAAAGAAAACAGUGGUGAACAUUUUACUGCCACUCUUAUGCUCACCAAAAAAUCAUUUCUGUGUCUAUACAGUAACUUUAUGUUCAAGUUUGGAUACUAGAACCUGUUUCUGCCCAUCUUCAAAUCUAGAAAUCACUCCCUCUUAUCAGAAAAAAAGCUAAAUCCUCUAUGUCUACCAGCUAGUUCUUGGGUCUCUCAUACACAUAAGUUUUAACAAUAUCUGGCCCCAGAUUUCAGUUCAGACACGCCCACAUGGCGAGAUAUCGUCUGUGCCAGAGAUAUGCUCUCAUGACUCGAGUUUGAAAUAUAGCAGUGAAACCUGCUUAAUGCAACAUAUCACCUCACCCACUCACUCCAUGUUUCACACACUAGUCAGACUUUUUACUUUUGGGGUUAGCAGGAAAAAGUCAUCCUAAAGCCAGGAAUAGAUAGAGACGGGUGCUGGUCUCCAACUGGACAAUAUCAGGACAUUUUCAAGGGUGCGGUGCAUGAGUGAGAGGGUCUUACUGUCAUUUUACGGUUUGUUGCUGAGCAAGUGGUUUAGCAUAUUCAAAAAACAGCCGCCACUUACAGCCAGAAACAGAGUGGAUAUGACUGAACCAAAGCAACAAUUAAUCAUAAUUAGCAGGAAAAAGCAGAGGAAAGCUGAAGCACCGUCAACAAAAUGCAGUUUUUCACUUCUUUCUUUUUUUUUUUGCUUUUGUGGGGACAGAGUUCUUAGAAGGGCUCUCAAUGUUUAAAAUGAAGUCUGACUGACAUGUUUUUCGUUUUUAUCUCAUAAUUGUGAGUCUUCAAAGCACUUUACUUGACGCCUGUCUCUAUAACGUAUUUUAAAUAUAUGUAUAAUACAUUAUAAUCACCUUAUAGCACUGGAUAACUAUAGUUAUAAACACUCAUAAAUGAUCAUAAUGCUUUAUAGCAAUAAUCAUAACGCAUUAUAGAGCGUUUUAUCAUGACUUACAAGGUCAGGUAUUAUAAUGUGUUAUAACUGUUAACAUCUCUCUGACAAUGCCCACAUAGAUAAUGCAUUAUAUGUAUAUUUAUGAUGUGUUAUAUUUUGCUUGUAAACGUGUAUGACUAUCAUUAUAAACACUAAUUAAUUAUCAUAAGGCUUUAUAACAAUAAGCAUAACACAUUAUAAUACCCGACCUUGUAAGUCAUGAUAAAAUACUUUAUAAUGUGUAUAAGAUUAUUUCGCCCCAACUUGAUCCUCUAUUUAUACAGCCAUCUGUGUGUGACCUUGUCAGUUAAAGUUACAGCCCUUAUAUUUUUAAUACAACCUUUAGUUGUUUUCAUCUUUAGUGUUGAGGUAAUGUUUCCAUGACAGGUACUAUCUCAUGCAUCUAUUUUACACAUUUAAAUACAAAAUCAGCAGGAACAAUGUACUCACUUUUUUUACAGCAGCCGCGACGUCUGCAGACACACACGCAGAUGCAGCAGAAGAGAGCGAGCACCACAAAUCCUGCAGCUCCAGCUAUCAAAAUCGUCAUGUUCAAAGGGUCUAAAGAAUAGAGAAAGACGUUCCUAAGUUUAAAGUGAAAGAAGUAUGACAUUCAGAUUUAUAGGAAUAAUUUAAACAGCACCACUUACACUCAAUAAUCUUGAGUUGCUGAGCCACACAGCUCUUGGGAGCCCCCACAUUGUUGGAGGACUCACAGCGGUACAUCCCAGCAUCUGUUUUUGACACACUCUGAAAUUUCUGCAAGGUGAGAGAGUUAAGUUAGAGUGUACAGCUGUAGACUCUUCAAAUCUGUAUUUAUUAAGUAUGUGUAUAUAAGGUUGUACUUACAAGUGAGCCCUUAUGUGGAUCGAUGCUGUACGGUGUAUCUGCUGUGGCUGUCAGAGCCUUGUUGUCUUUAAACCAGCGGUAGGUGGCGGGAGGAACGCUGAGCUUGUCCUUGCAGAGGAGAUCCAGGCCUGCACCCACAAACACCGAGCUCGGCACCUCACAGGAGGGAACAUGAGGAGGUACUGAAGAAACACAGAGGAGGAACAGCUGGAUUCAAGGCUAUGAAGACUGGUCUGAAAAUUGCCUGCUACACCUAUUUGCAUAUUUUUUCUUUACUGUUUUUUAUUUUUUCUAUUUUUGACAAAUUGUUGACCUUCUGCUGGAAAUAAUUAAGUACAAAUUGCCACAGCUGAAGAACUGAAAUUGAGACAGGAUUUCUUUCUAAACCUUACUGACAAAUACCCCCAGGAAGAAGUUUCUGUAAUUACCACUUUUAUGUGUCUGUAAAAGCAGCAUCUGAUGUCCAAAUAAUCCAAAUUUACUCUCCAUGUCACACAUAUAUGUAUGCACACCCUCAUUAACAUGUUCACAAGAAAGUAUUUCCAUCAUACCAAGUACGUUCAAGGUGACAAUGGUCUCCCCGAGGUUGACGUGGUCCUCACCAGCAGUGACCUCACAUCGAUACUCCCCUGAGUCUUUCUGGGUAACAGAGUGUAACGUCAGCGUGGCUCCCUCGAUCUUCGCUCGACGUGCAUAAGAGCCUGUAGAGGAAGGCAAUGGUGAGAUGUAAAGGAGAACUUAAAUAAGAUUGAAUAAAACGUAUUAAAGUGGAAACAUAUCAGACUGACCAGAUCAUGAGAGGCAGACCAUUUCAAGCAGUAAAUAUAAUUCUUCACUCACUCGUAAAUUUCUGAUUGAAGUACACAAACGUGACCCCCUUUCCUUUCUUCUUCCACUCGAUUCGAGGGCUCUGAUCUUUCUCAGUCCUGAACUCACAGGAAAGCACAGCAUCUGAAAGGAUAAGACCCGGGGCAGCAAAAAGAGGUAUCAAACCAAUGUACGUUCAUUUCUGACCAGGACUAAACCAGCAGACAUUUUUAUCAGUUUUUAUUCUAUUUUUUUUACACGCUUCAAAUAUGUUUCUUCUCUGAAUAAUCAUUUCCUUUAAAAAGAAUUGGUUUAGCAUGAAAUUAUGUUCACUGCUUCCCCAUAUAGUGACAAAGUGGUGUCUUUGCAAAUAAAAAGUUUGAAUGGUAUGCAUAAUUAUCUAUCAAGUAUGCAUAAUUUGUUUCCUGUUCAUUUGGAAUUAAAUAUUAUUCAGAUAAACAACAGAUACUAUGACACAAGUUGCACAUUUUUGCUGAUGUGAUCCUUUUUUUUACCAGAAAAUUAAGUUUAAUCAAAAAAACACUGAAGUAGAUAUAAUGUUUACCCAGGUCAAAUGGUCGCAGAUGAUAUUUUGUGUCUUAAUGGAGUGUUGAAUCUACAGAUGAAUGUAUAAAAUAAAGUUUAAAAACAGUCUUACCUGAGUGUUCAUGGACCUCUACAUUGGGUUUAUUGCUACUGACUGUCACUGAAAGACACACAGGACCUGCAGGGAAAUAACAAAAUGACAUGAAUGUGUGCAGCAGCCUCUCUUUACCUUUACCUGGAUGUUACAUUUGGACCGUGGGAAAUCAGGGAGAGCAUGAAAAUAGGGCAAGUAAAACAGGGAAAAAAGCCCAGAGAGUUAGUCAGCUACUGAUACCACAAUUUCCAAAAAAAGGAAUAUACACAAAUGUUUUCACACACAUACACACUAACUCACACACACACACAUCACACACUAAAAUACAUUCUCACAUUGGGUGUAUAGAGUGUGUAGCAGCGUCCUGGUGGUGCUAGGAGCGGUGCUGCGGAGGAAUGCAGGUGAUGGAUGACACCCUGACAGGCUGCUUUAUCUUGAACUGAUAACCUCUUUUAGUCAUUCGUCCCCUCUGUCUGUGCGCACACACACACACACACACACACACACACAUUCUGACUCACAGAGCAUACAUCCUAACCCAAAACUGCACAUCAGCAAAACAGCAUUGUCAAUGUACAUCAUAAAAGAGAUAAAUUUAAGAGGGAACCUCGGCUUGAGCAGUAAAGUUUUAAAACUUGGACAGAGUGCAGAAUAAUGUACGGUGGAUGUAGUUGGCUUCAAUCUAUUUUAACAGCUAGAACAUGACAAAAAGAAAGGUUAUAUCUACGUGUAGCCAAAAACCUGGAAGCUUCAUAUAGUUGAAUAACAUGUUGAAACAGCCUUAUUUUACGGUUUAUAAAGCAGAGAUUUAAAUAUGCUGCAGAUAUUUGAGGCGUCUGUGAUGUUACGUUGAUUUUAAAGCUUUAUGUUUCAUUGCAAUAAACUUCAUUUAAAGCUUGUAACCUCUGACAGACAACUGCUCCUAGAUCAGCUGCCAGUAAAGACGACAAAAGGCAACAGCAACACGGAUUUUCAGAGUUGGUUUGGAAACCUGAAACAUGCAUGUGGUUUAUUGUUAAGAGAAGAUCAUUUGGUCGACGUGUGCAAGCGUGUGUCCGUAUGUGUGCACCACACAUGUCUUGGGAGUGUGUUUUUCUUAUGCAGACAAAGCAGCUCUGUGUGACAGUAACCUUACCCUUCUCAGCUGGCACACCACACACACAUACACACAUACACAUACACAAUCCCUGCAUAUCUGAAUUACACACUUGUGGGGAUCUUCACUGAACCCUUAACCCCCUAAGCUUUACUCUGACCCUCUGUCCGACUGAAACCUGAUUCUGAUUUUAACACUCAACAUGAAAUCCUGCCACUCACCCUCCACUUUAGAAUACACACCACAGUAGUACCAGGAUGGACCCCUUUAGGCCCUCAGAACUGCCUGAACUCUUAAUGAUGUAGAUUUAACUACCCAGGUAGGCUGCUGAGUAAGAACAAUGCCCAGUUGAUGCAAAGCAGGUUUAAGUAUUACACCAACACCAGCAGCCUGAACCGUUGAUCUAAGGCUGAAUGGAUUCAUGCCUUCAUGUUAUUUAUGCCAAAUUCUGACCCGCCAGCAGAAAGUGAGACUCAUCACACUGAGUGACGUAUUUAAAAUCUUUUACGCAGUUUUGGUGAAAUUCGUAGAUUUCAAGGAAGUGGUCGAUCUGCUUUGAGGUUCAAUGUGCUGAUUGUCAGAGAUGCUGUUCAUCACAUUUGGUUGUGACAAGUGUUUAUUUGAGCUACUAUUACCUUUCUAUCCACCAAAACCAACCUAGCUGUUCUCUUCUGACCCCUACCAUCAACAAAGUAUUUGAAACCAGCUGCUCACUGAAUAUUUACUCUUUUUUUAAUAUUUCCAUUGAAAUAGUCGGGUAUGAAUAUCACAGUAGACCAGCAGUUUCUGAAACAUCUGACACCAAAAACCAUGUCAUGUUCAAAGUCACUCAAAUCACCUUUAUUUUGCCUUUUAAUGCUCAGUAUGACCUUCAGUGAAAUCAUCUUGGCAAUCUCUACUUGUCUCAAUACAUUGAGUUGACGCCAUGUGAUUGGCUGAUUAGAUAUCUGCGUGAACCAGGAAUUGAAGAGAUGAACAUUGUAAAGUGGCCAAACACAGUCAAACAGCUCAGGGUAACAGGAGCAGGGCAUAUACUGUCUGCAGUUUCAAGAUACAAUCUCAACAAGACAUUUCUACUUAAUCCAGGAGAAAAACAAACUUGUUCAGCUCGUAAUGAUUUUAAAAUGAAUGAACCCAAUGGCACUGUGUAGUUUAAAAGCAUUUAAGCGGCUAAAAUGUUCAAAUCCAACAUUAGCAGGCAUGCACAAUACUUAAACAUUUUUCUUCCAAACAUUUCCUUGACCAGCUUUUACCUUAAAAAAGAUAAGGUUUUUAUCUUCAAACCCUGCGAGGACAGUCAGUCCUCAUGGGUACAUAAGAGAGAGAAAGAUCAAACACAAACGCCAAAGCAGCAAUUAUCAACAUAAAGCACUCGCUUAAGAAAGCAGUCUCUGCCUUAAAAAGUCCCACGGAAACUUCAAAUGCAAUUUUUCCAGAUAGCAAGAGAUCGUUUUCAUCUCUGUCCAAUUAACAACAGGGUCAGCCAGGGGCUAUCUUCAAACUGAGGGCGGGAUCUGGGACUCCUCUGAGUAAUGUGUUUGAUCUGAUCAGUCUGCGGAUCUCAGGUUCAAAAGGCAUCAGAGCGGGUUUAAUGUAAACAUGAACCCCCAGAGCUACACCCACCCCAUCUCUGCACAAUCCCAACCCUGGACACGUCACACACACACACACACACACACACACACACACACACACACACACACACACACACACACACACACACACACACACACACACACACACUGCAAGUGAGAUCAACACGCAUCAACUCAAUCUCAAGAUGAACACAAAAAUUCUCACUAUCAAUAAAUGAUGAUAGACAAUUAACUUGGGAACAUUUUUACCAUGAAAAUGUCUCUGUACAAACACCUUUUUCACUAUUUUUGUUUAAAAUUUAUUUUACAUUGCUACAAGAAGUGGAAAAUGUGAUGCUUACAAGAUGUCUAGAUUCAGCUGAUUUACAGUCUUUGUCCCUGGUCGGGCUUUAGUGUAGAAUCCAAUAUACUGAAUACUAUAAAUGUCAGUAAUAUGAUUCGGCAUUUCAUGCGUAAAAAAAACAUGAGGGGAGAGAGGGAUUCAGAAAUGGGAGAAGCUUACUUCUUUAUUUUCUUUUAAAAGAGAGAGAGAGUUAACUUUUGGGGGAUAUUUUUCAAAUAACCUUUAACUUUUUAACCCCAUAUUUCUAAUUGACUUUAAGUUGUAUUUGUCCGUUAAGGUAAACUAUAAAAAUGUUAAUAUUUUCUCUCAUAUUUACAGAAAACCAAAAUAUCAACAGUCAUAGUAUUGUUGUAUUACUAUUGCAGUCAAAACAAUGCUGGAGAGACUGCUGAUGGAUUCUCUAUUUCAUCUCCUCCCCUUAAAUUGACAUAAGGUUUAUCAAAGCUCACUGCAAUAGUAAUUUUCCUCCAGUCUCUCGUGUUCUUCUUUGGUUUUCAAUUUCUGCAUUUCUGAAUGCAAAUCAAAAGUCGUAUCCACACAGAGUGGAAUUUAAAGAGGAAUAAAAUAUGUGAGACGAUGGAAUCUCAAAGGGUUAUAAUACUCAGCUCUCAAAGUGUCAAAAAGGAGGUAUACUUCCUCUAAAAACCUCUCUCUCAGUACCUUAUAAAUAAGUUUGUCCAUGUUUACUAGGCAACACAAAUCAUCCUUAUCCCAAAGCUUUCAACAACAGAUUUCAUGACCUUCUCGUUUUUCGUUAAAUUCAGCCAAACUAGCAAGAAAGUUUUCAGAACAGACAAAAACUCACUUUGAAGGAGAAUCAUGAGAAGAGGCAGCGCCAGCAUCUUCACUGAGUCUAUUCUAAGUCUCGAUGAGUUGAGGUUUGUCCUGAGUCCGGGUGAGAUUUGUUCAACUCCAAACUUUCUGCAGCUUCUUCAAGUUUCAUCUGCAGCACGCGCACGCUCUCGAGUAUCCCUGACAACGAGAAGGGAGCGUGCGCAGGCGCGAGACCAACAGUGUGCAAUGGGUCUGGAUCCUGUUUUAUUUUGACACGACCUUAUCUGCUCCCUAAACAUUGUUAGCAUUGUUUGCAUCGCAUUUGGACAAACUUUGCCGCACAUGUGGCUAAUUUGUAUUCCUUUUCGGACAUGUUGGUUUUGCAUUACUAUUAUUAGUUUUUUGUUUGUUUGUUUUGUUUUUCUUGUUUUGUUUUGUUAUAUUUUAGUUUGUUUUGUUUUUUGUUUGUCUUGUUUUUGUUUGUUGUUGUUGUUGUUGUUGUCGUUUUUGUUUGUUUUGUUUUUAUUUUGUUGUUGUUUUUUGUUUUUCUUGUUUUGUUUUGUUUUUGUUUGUUUUUUGUUUGUUUUGUUUUUGUUUUUUGUUGUUGUCAUUUUUGUUUUUUUGUUUGUUUGUUUUUUUACUUUCUUUGAAUAUUGUUGUUUUGAAUAUUCUCACUGGUUAUGUUUGUUUAUUUUGAGUUUACUUUAGGUGUUGCCCACACGUCCGAAAAAAAUAAUAAAAUGAAAAAUGAAAUCAUGAGAUUGAUAACAGGCUGCUUCAACCCUUUUUAAAAACGUCAGGGGUUACUUGGAAGACAGAUUUCUGUUGUGGCACUUAGUUGCAUAGUUUAUUUAAUUUAAAGGGUAGGACUGGUCUGUAGUAAAUAAGCAUCCGAAUUAGCCGUUUGAAUAUUUGACGUCAAGUUUAAGCUCAAUGUUGAACAUAUUAUGACCAUGAAGCUGAUGAUCACAAUUGCAGCUAGCAGUUUUAAUGUAGGCCUGAAGUUCCCUCUGAAAUUUGUGGAAAUGCACACCAAUUUCCAGCAACCAGGGCUCUACAUUUCCUUGUCAAAUAAUGUAGUUCUUCUCAGUGUUAAUAUCUCAGCUAUUAAGGUCAAGGUACAACAACUAAUCGAUCAAUCAACAUUAUUAAACAUGUUGUUUUCCAUGAUACUUUUUGCAUUUUAUUCUUCGAUCCCUGAAAUGAUUUUUAAAAGUAUGCAAUGCUCACUAUAUGUAUGACCAUAAUGGAUAAUAUUCUUAUGGUUGGAGCUAUAGGUUUUGCACAUGAGAAGGGUGUAAUACGAGGUGCAGAGAUGAGACAGCUGCUGCCUGAGCUACCGUGUCCUUGGCUAUUAGACUUCUCACCAGCAGCCCUCACACAGAAGUACAUUGUCCCUCAACCUGGUUAAUGUGCACACAUGCUUACAUUUGUGGCCAUAUGCAUACACAAAGACACACACACACAGGGGCCAUACGUGCAGACACGUGCGCACAGACACACACACACACAUACAGAGAAAGACACAAGCUCUGAAAAUCUCUUCUGCAGCACCUGUUCACUAUUGACAAUCCCAGCUGCUCUGCUGUGAACAAGACACACUGCUGACAUGAUAUACAAUAUAACACAAUGUCCUUUUCUUACUUCAUUAAGAAAUCUCUCCUUUAUAGUAAUUCUUUUAUGAACCAUUCAUAAAAGAGAGAUUUUUCCUAAGAUGAAACUUGUUGCAGACAUUUCAAACAUUAUUUUAACAACUGCCCCAACACUUUCCUUCACACAUGAUCACAUUCUUGUGACCAACUUGAACUCUAUUUUGGCCAAGUUGGAUUUUCUUUUGUUGAUCUGUUGCAACAACAGUUUAACUUUUGUUUCAGGCAACACAAUCAAUAUUUUUAUUGAGUUAAUGUAGACCUGUACUGGCGAAACUCAUGAAAAAAAAAAUGAAAAAAGACCCUCACUAACAAAAGCGUUGGUGAAAUACAAAAUACUCUGAGCAUGAGAAAAUACUUCUGUUGAUAUGCAAAGCUCAUUUUUCUAUAUAAUGACAGAACACCAAUUCUUGUUUUCAUCAGCAGCACAAAACACAUUUUAUAGAUUAAGUAUUACAUUUCUUCCAUCAGUUCUCCUUAAAUCUUAAAAAUUAGUCAUUAAAUACUUACAAAGUAUUGCUUUAAUAAAACUUGUGUAAUACCUCUGUAUAAAUGCGGUUUCAUCUGACCAGUGAUACCCCUAUAACCUGGUGACCCAAACUCGCCUGCACACAUUCACUGGGGUCAUAUAUAUGAGCACAGUGUCUCAAGUUCACAUUCAGCUGUUCAAAACAAGACGCUUUGACAGGUGUGACUCAUUAACAAUGGCUCUGAACCAUCAGCGGCUACACAGAACUUUUAAGAUGGCAUGCACAACACACGAGCCCUGAAAGCGCCAAAACUGACAAGUGUACAGUGUUGCCCUCAUUUUGCUGCACCUGUGAUUGAACUGGUCAUGAUCACAUAGACACAAAAGUUACUAUUUAGCUAAUUCAGAAUGUUCCAGGACAUUUUUUUACAUUUUCCCGUUUGGUUUCAGUUCCUUUGGAAAUGACUUUUUUUUAAACAGAGAUAAAAAAUGUAGACCCCAAGUUAUCAAAAAUAAAAAAUACAGCCCAGACCAAUCCACCAAUCCUGAUUUUCCUAGGAAAAUAUAUUGAGACAUUGGUGCUCUAAUAUCCAAGUUUUGUUGGAGUAGAAAAACUUUUCCUCAAAGUUUAAAACUCUAGUUUCAAUUGAGACAUGAUAAAUUGUGUCAUACACUGACCCAUUAAUAUUCUGGCCUUUGGUUUCAAAGUGUAAGAUUAAGUUUUAUCUGAACAGGAACAUUUCCUCCUUCCUCCUGUUUACUUUCCUCCAUAUCUUGAUUACAGCAGAAUUUCGAGUCAUCAAAUUAGGCAGAAAGCACAGGAUAGCUUAGCAGUAGAGUUUACUACACUAUACAAAGUACAGUUACUACCAAAACGUGGGUAUGUCAUAAGGAAGAGUUAUCAGGUAUUAUCAAUAUCGUACUUCUGUGGAAGAACAUUUACAAUAGGAACUCUCAACCCUCUUAACUAUUGAGUCCAUGCCAUCAGGAAACAAAACAGAAAAAAUAAGCUUUUCACAAGAUAAGGUUUUAUGGCCUACAGUAAAAAGGAGAGGGUCAUCAUGACUAAUACUGAUCACAAAAAUGAACCAUUAACCAAGCGUGGAUAAGUAGCAGUCGCUCAGAGAAGAGCCACAUAAGACUCACAAGCAGGCAGUAAUAACACAACAGUUGUUCGGUGUACACAUCUUAAAUUCAGACUGAACCCAUUUUUAAUAGAUCAGGAUGAAGACUUUGGUGUUGUUCUCACUGAGCCUUACAGGUAAGUGCUCUCAGCAUGUUUUUAAACGUCCUCAAAAAGACUCUUUAGUUUAACUUUUUUCUGCUCAACCUUACAUUGAGGUUUUUUUUUUUUUUAAUCACCUUCAUAGUACUUUGUGUACAGCUUUGUCAGAUUUUAAAGCACUAAAGGUUUCACUCCUGUGUCACAGUAAUCAUAUUUUGUUGUCAUGCUUUUGUUUUUACUCAGCCCUCUUCUCAUUAACUUGCUGUGUGUACUUGCUUCAGAGUCACAUCAGAUUAUUGUCUUACUCUGUUCAUUCGGAUUCAAGUUUGAAUAACUACCAAGUCACCAAAUGAUAGAUAGAUAGAGAACUAUCUAUCUAUCAUUUGGUGACUUGGUAGUUAUUCAAACUUGAAUCCGAAUGAACAGAGUAAGACAAUAAUCUGAAUAACUACCAAGUCACCAAAUGAUCCUCUGUGUCUUGAUAUGAAAUUAAAGUUAUUGUAUAAAUUUAGUGUUUAGUGCUGUACUUUGCAACAAAAGCAAACUAUCAUGAUAUAGGUUUCCUCACAACUUUGAAACAACAGGGGUAAAAAAAAAAUGAAGCCAAUUCAGAGGGGAAAAAUACUGCAGUUUCUCAAGUGUCCCCUAGAGGCAGGCUUGGCAGAUUUGUAUUAUCUGAGUGUGGCUGAGCUGGUUUACAGGCAGGUGUAGGGGAGUUUGCCUUUUUUUUUUUUUUGAUCAAUAGUUUUGCAUGCAUGUUUUUUGCUUGGUAACCAAUUCAAGCAUGGAUGUCAGUGAUCGAGAGACCAGAGCCAUCAUUCUUGUUGGCUCUCCAUUUUUAUUGAAAGCUCCUGAGAGCAACUUUGAGGUUUUUUUUUUAUUUUGGUGCCCCCAGUGGACAAAGUUUUUUCUUAUCUUGUUCUGGUCCAGGUCACAGAAUCUCUACAACAAUAAAAUGUGUUUUUUAUGUCUGUGUCAUUGUCCUUUAGAUACAAGUAAAUCUAUCAUUUUUAUUCUCUACACAGUUGCUCUGGGAAUGCCACCAUUUGCCCCUGGUGUGGAACAAAAUCCUGUUCUGGCUAAAGAGGACCAGAAACCUGUGCUGGGAGACUUGCUUCCUGUGCAGGGCCACGUGGUGGUGGAGGAUCCUCUGCCUCAUGAAAAACCAGGAGAUGAGAAAAUGCAGGAGAAACUGGCUACCAAGGAAGUAAAAGAGGAGCAGAGCACAUUGGAUCAAGAAGCGAAAGAGGAGAAACCAGAAGUUAAGGUGGAGGAAAUGGGUCAAGGCAAGGAAGUAGUUAAGAUGGAGCAGCAGGUCAAAGACAAGCAAGAGGUUAAACCAGAGCAAGAAGUAAAGGAGGAGCCAGAUGUGAAAGUGGAGCAUGAAAAGGCAGCAGUAAAGGUGGAACAGGGGCAAGAGGCCAAGCCAGAGGUCAAGGAGGAGGCUGAAGUUAAGGUGGAGGCUGAAGUUAAGGAGGAGGCUGAAGUCAAGGAGGAGGCUGAAGUUAAGGUGGAGCAAGAUGUUAAGAUGGAAAAAGAACAUGUAAAAGACACACCAGAAGUCAAGGAGGUUGAGUCAGAGCAAGAAUUUGAGGUGAACACAGACGAUAAGGUGGAGCCAGAGGUUAUCAUGGUGCCAGAAGAUGGGGAUUUUGAGGCAAACAUGGAGUCAGAAGUAAAUCUGAAUCCAGACACCAUGUCUAAGCCUGAGGUCAACAUUCAGCCUGAGGUUGAACUAGGGUCAGAGUUUGAAGAUGACCCCAGUUUUGAGGUGGUAUCACAGGUUGAGCAGGGUGCUAAAGAAGACACAGUGUUGCCCAUGACAAAUGAUGAGCUUCAUGAGAAGUUUGGGGUUCAAAUGGAUCUCCUGCCAGAGACUGAAGACGAUCCUGAGUUCCUGGAGUCCGCGGGAAAUUAUGAACCGUAUGAGGAACCUCUCAUGGAGCUGAAGCCACUGGACUUGAAUGAUGAAGAAGAGAACAAUGCAGUGCUGACAGAAGAAGAAGACUUUUUAGGAGCAGAAUUUCAGAAUCAACCUGUAGAACAGGAGGAGGGGUUUAUGAACAGGAUGGAUUCGGUUUUAUAUGAUGAACCAAUCAUGGAGCUGCAGCCAGGGAUGGGAGAAGAGACCCCCCAAGAAGUCAUGCCAGAUACUGCCGUUAUGGAGGAGGGACCGCUGUUGGACUUUAUGGGUGAGCCAGUGGUACCUUCGGAGCAGUAUUUUCCAAAUGAGGAGGCGAGUUUGGGGAUGGAGCAGAGCGAACAGGAAGGCACUUUUGCAGAAGAGGGGUUGGAGUAUGUGAGGAUGGAGGAGCCCGAUGCAUUUGACAAGGAGGUUUCUGAAGAAGGAAGUUUAUCACUGACAGAAGAGGACCAAGGUAAAAUAUAACAGAAUAAAAACCACUAUCCACAUGAAAACGAAAAACUCACUUUUAGAUUCAGAUCUUUGUUUUAAUAACUCAUUAAAGAAUCUCCUGAUCUGUUGGUCAGAUUACAAUCAGAUAAUUAUAUCUUGGAAAUUUCAAUGCUGUCAUUUAAAAAAUUGACAGCUGUCCUAUUUAAGUCAAGACAACUCUCAGCUUUCACUGCAGUCAUUGUAUUUUACCAGAUUUUUUCAUUUUCAUCUGUCCUGAUUACUAUAGAACCACUAGAGGGAGCAGUCACUCAAGUCAGAGAAAGACAGACCUCCUCAGAGAGAGGAGCAGGACUUGGUUUAGUGCUAAUAGGAAUGUAACAAGAGCAGGGAAUGAGCGUGAAAAGAAACAAAAUUUGGAAAGAUUGUAAAAAAAUAAGUUCAAAAAAGGAGGCUUUUGGUCCCACAGAGAGUAAACCAUGAAAAUCAGGCUUUGUAUUGUAGUACAUUAUCUAUUGAAAAGUAAUGAUGAGAUUUACUACUGAAUUAUUUUCCAUAAGUUCAGCUCUAAAGUAAAUGUAAUGCUUCCCUAUUAGUUUACUCUUGUUUUUACAAACUUACAUUAGCUCAGCCUUACUUCAAUAAGUAUCCAAUAAAUGUCUUUACAAGAACUGCAUUCCGUCUAUUAUUACUUGUGACCAACACAUCUUAAACAUAUCCUAAAAGGAAGUGAUGUAAUGUUUUUCUUCAGCCACCAGGCCGAGCAAUUGUCCUGGACUUCUUCUGGAGGGCAAGUGUUACGAGUUCUUCCAAGAGCCGAAGAGGGCAGCAGAUGCUGAGGUAUCAACAUGAUCCCAGACCCUCUGAAAGAUGAGCCAGAAAAUCUCUCAAAUCUGUACAAUCACCAAUUUUUUGUAAGAUUUAGUGUGUUUAAUCCAAGUGUCACUGGUUUAUUUCAGUUCUUCUGCCAAGACAAUUUCCCCGGUGGCCACCUGGCCUCCAUCACCAGCCAAGACAUUCACAGAGAGCUGACAGAGAUGCUGCAAGUGAACGGGGUCCUGACUGACGUCUGGAUUGGAGGGCUGCGAUAUUUGGAUGUAUGUUUAGUCAGUCAGAGCGGGGAAUUAUAAAUUAUGUACUAUAAAUGACACACCAUAGAGGGGAUGUCUUUUACUGCUGGAGAAAAUGAAAUGAGGGACUUGUCCAUGUGAGUGUACCUCAUUAUUAAUGUCUCCACCAGACUGGUCGCUUCAUCUGGUUGGAUGGAUCCCAUUGGGACUAUUCUGAUUGGAUGUCAGGGGAACCCAGUAAUACAGCAGAUGAGGACUGUGUGCAAAUGGCAGCACUUGGUAAGUCAGACGUUGGUUCAAAUUUAAACUCAAAACUUUGUGAUGCUGUUUUGCAUUUUAAAGUUUCUCUGAUUGAUGAUACUGCCUGAACAUGAAACACGUUGGGACUGGGCCUCUAAUCUGCUUUCUGUUUGACUUUCAGGAAAGGGAAAAUUUAAUGACUCCACAUGCCGGGAACCUCAGGCUUUCAUCUGCUCCUUCUCCUUAUCAGUAAACUUUUAGUGAGCUCUCUUCCUCUUAGAGUUUCAUGCUUUAAGGAAAUGGACACUAAGCAAUGACUUACAGUCAAGAAUAUUACUUUAUCAACUUCCAGGAAUAUUGUACAUAUUGCACUAAUAAGGUUUUUAGAUUUUUGAAAACAAUCCAAAGCUAAAACAGUAAAGGUUUUUAGUUUGUUAUGAAACUUACUGAAAUGAAAACAGAUGCCUGUUCAUGAGGUUUCAAAGCAAAAAGUCUCUGACUAUUAAUAAAGUUAUUUUUAACAUCCAAAACUGCAGGGAGGGGGUGGAAGGUAGAGGAAGUGAUAAAAUGCACAUUGAUGAAACAGCCUCUUAUUACAUCGCCCACAGAGAGGAUUGUCGAUGAGUUAUACGUUCUUCUGCUGAAAUACAAUAAAGAUAACGUAGGGGGAAAAUAUUUGUUGAUACUUUUUACACACACACAGGAGGGAAUAUGAGAUACCACUUUGUCCACAGGUGGUGGCAACAUCAACACAAGAAAAAGUUCCUCAAAGGAGCUUUAACUUUAUGAUGGUGAAGCCUCUCAGUCCAGUUGCCCGCUGUGGAAUCUACUGUUAGUCCGAGACCCUGACUCCCCCCUGGGUGGGCGUUUGCUCCAAUCCUAUCACUUUACGUAUGAUUAAGGUCUGGAGGUCCAUCCAUACCUCAGAGGGCCGUGCUCAGCUGACACCCCCUCAUGCUCCCAUUCUGGAUAAUAUACACUUCCUGCCAGGUUCUAUUGAUAGAGGUUUUAAACUAGACGGUUAAACAAGAGGGAAACUAAACAGGGGGACUUUAACCAGGCAGACUUGUCUGUUAUUGCUGCAGUUACACAAGUAAUUUAGUUAACUGAGUGGAGGGGUUUCUUUAGAUAACAGCUGAGUAGACAUUUUAUCAUUAAAGACACUGACCGUGUCGUUUCUUAAAGGGUCCUGUCUCUACAGGUGUUUAAGAAGUGUCUUUUACAAGGCCCAGAAUUUAAACACCACUUUAACUUCACAGGCCAUAGCCCACGUCUGAGAGAAAGAUUCAUUUCUAUCAAUGAUGCAGACUGGCUGGAGGUAUAGAUUAAAGCCACAUCGAUCUGUUUGUAAUCAAGUCAGGUAAACUAGUACAUCCUGUGUACAGAAACAAACUGGAUAGUUAUAAGUCUUCUCUUUGCACAGUGUAGUUCUGAGAUUGGUAAUGAUGUUCCCUGUUUUUGGUCUUGUGUUAAGCUUUAAACCUGCAGCUCUGAUCAUGUGAAUAAAUUGUUAAUUUCAGUGUUGAAGUUGAACGAAACAAAAUGUGCCUCCUUCUUCCUGAAGUUCUUGGUGCCAGACUCAGAAGACUGUAUGGUCUUUUGGUUAUUACUGCGGGGGAGAUUAUCUUAUUCAUUUGGAUUAAAGAAACCGUUCCUUCUGAAAAGUCAUGGCAUGACCAUUUAAUGGGAACUAUUUAAUGCAUUCCCACUAAAUACAUUACAUAUAUGCUUCACACCUGAGUAGAUCCGUUUUAUUAGGUCUGGGAUCCUUAAAUCAUCUAGACCCCAUUUUUUAUAUCCAUUAUUUUACAUGAAUUCCCUAGAAAAUCUUAAAUGAAUUCCUCUCAAGGGGAUUUCUGCUUUUCUGUAUCUUUAAUUUUGCCUUGGGUUGGUCUGCCUUGAUGAAGUUGCGAGUGGACUGAUGGGGAUUAUGGCUAAGUAGUAUGAUCCAGACUCAGUAUAUAUUUUGUUUUGUGAUAUGCACUUUUUUCUCCUCUUUCUUGUGUCUUUGCAAAUACUUGUACUGUAUUGUGUCAUGAAAUGUCCAAGCCACUUUGGUUUUUUGGGGUUUUUUUUCUGUUUUUAUUAGUAUUUGAAAGAUUUAAUACACAUAUAUGCCCAAAAGUACACUCCAAGAUUGUUCAUGCUGGAGCAAAGAGAGUUAUCUAAUUGGGCGUUAUCUUAUUGCAAGUACAGCAUUUGAAAAAUGUGAAAACUAUAAAUACUAAAGAGAUAUAUCAUGAUAUAUCCCAUUGUUUAAGGUCGUAUUGGCCGAAGUCUGCACUUUGACUAUGCACACUGGCAUAGUCCUGUAAGUACUUUCCUUACUCUAUUAAGAGCCAACACAAUUUUUCAUUCUGUUGUCUGAUAUUUGACUACACACAAUUCAAGAAAUACUGGACAUCUUUCAAAGACUCUUUUGUCUGUAAUUCGUCCAGGACAGGCUGUACCUAACACUGAGAAAAGCUGCUAUGCAUGUGUACAAUAACAGUCAACAGGGAAGACCAUGUGUAGAGUCUGUUUCUGUGCAAAGUUCAGAGUUUAUGACUGAGCACUGAUAAAGUGGUAUUCACAUGUGUUUGUAAGGCGGGCUAUGGGGCUUAGUUGGGAGGAUUCACAGCCUUGGUGCUCAAACUUGCACAGGGACACGCCAGCAGACAACUGUGUGCUGGAAAAUGAAUCUAACUGACAGACGGCAGCAAACAGCGCUGAGUCACACUCUCCUAAACAGCAACUAUGACAAUCAGUCAAGGUUUCAGGAGAUUUCAAGAGCAUCAGGAUGAUCCCUGACUCCAUAUUACAUUUAUCAAUCACUGCAGAUGAAUGACUGACUUGGUUGUUUGCCAGAAUAACACCUGAUGUAAUCACUUCUCUUUCUUCUGUUUCAACAUGAAGCAUAUACAAGCUUGAUGAUGACUAAACAGAUCUGAGAUAUGAUUUUGAUGUACAGCAAGCUUUCAGAGACAUCCCUCCAGUAAUAACUUGGAGAUGCAAACUUAACUCUAAGCUCUUAAAUCCAACAAAAGUCUGUUUUCUUGGUAAAGGAACAAUGGUGAAUCUCCCCAGCUAACAUGUGCCCACAACUGUGUUUGUCGAGCAAAAGCUCAUGUAGGAUCUUAUCAUUAAGGUUAUCAUAUUGGUGAAUUACUCGGUGGUGGAUAUUUCUCCAUGAGGAAUAGUCAGCAAUCAAAAUAGAGGGAUCAAGAGCUGUCAGUCAUCAACUUACGGUCAAUAAUCCUCAUCUCCACGUCCAAAGGUCACAGAGAGGUUGUGCAGGCCAGUGGAAAAUGACUCACAGUCACACACUGCAACAUGUGAAGCCUCUCAGGAUUUACAGUAGCAGCAUGUGCAGCCUGAGUGUGAAUGGAUCCGUUAAUGGGCUCUAAGCUGCUGUAAUUUUAAAGGGUAGGUGAGGUAAUGAAAACACAUCAAUUGUGGGUGUGAACAGCUUUAAUAGCCAUAAAGAUGUUUGGCAUCAAAGCAGAUCUCUGUUCACUGAUCUGCAAAAUGAGCCGUCAGGCCUGGACUCCAUGUGUUGAGUGAAGUGGACUUGUGGCAAGGGGUCCUGGAUGAACUGGAGGUUCAGAUAAACCAAACAAACUGAUGGUGGUCAAUAACUCCUGUGCUAAUAAAUUAUUUUUGAACAUCAGUUCAUGAAUUCUCUAUGCGACAAUGUUUAGUUGUGUUGACAGAUGUCAGACAGACGUACUGAUGGAACAUCUCUUGUAACAAAGUGUCAUCAUCAUCAGUAAGCUUAAAAUAGACACAUGAGUGUUCAGAUUUUUUUAUUAUUAUAUUUUUCAAUUAAUAUUUUCACUCUUUAUUGUGUACAUUGUUUUGUUUUUUUUUAACAAAUCCUUCCUCUUGUGUCACAUUAAGAGACCUUUAAGGCAGUUAUUGGGCAGGAAAAGGGAGAAGGUUGUAAUUUUGUGCAGUUAUUGGGAUGGUGGGAGACUGCGAGGGGUGGUUUUUAAAGCCCCCAUAAGGAGUAUUUUGGGUAUUAAUAAAACUGAACUAGUUUCAUAUUGGUGCCUUCAAAUAAUACCCAAAGGCAAACAAGACCAUCAGCAACAAGGUGGAGGAUUUUUGUACUAAAGGGCUCGAGAAAAAGCCCUGUGCUUGCAAUGUCCACAUAAAUAAUCAAAACAAAUGUAUGUGACUUGACUCAAAGUCAUAAGCGCUUCAAUAAAUACAAGAAAUGCUGUUUAAAUCAUGCAAAAUAAAAAGAACCUAAGUGCUGGAUUAUAAUUACAGCACUCCUUACACAUUUCAUAUAGCUGCCAAAAUAGUUUUGCAUUGCAUUCACAAUAGAUGCCGUGUUUAAUAACUCACCUUUUUGAUUAUUUGACAUCAACUUAAACCCUGAACUCUUGUGUUUCUCACACUGGUGAGGCCUAAAAGAAAAAGAGAGAGACAUACCAAAGAGAUGAGGAGGAAAAGAAACUUGUUAAAGGUUUUAAAUAGGUACAAUGUUCUUUGGCGCUUCUUCUGUUGUUUUUAAAGCUAACUCUGUUCAUGCCAGGUGGCAAAUAUCCAUCACACACAUUUAUAACAAACCUCUUAUAAAUCUGUUCUCCACCCUGCCAAGAAAAACAUAAAUAUGCUAGUAUGUUGGCUCAGAGAAAACAGUGACUACAUGUUGUUCUCAGAUGUUAACAUGUCCCCUCAGACUUACCUGGAACUCUUUCGUGCAAGACAGCAGAGGCAGUAAGAAGGUGGUCUCACUGGAUGCUGGGAAAAAUCCUAUGAGAAGAUAAAUGCUGGACCUAAUUUUAAAGAGGCAUAAACAGGAAAAAUACAAUAUUAACAAGAGUUGUUGUAAGCGUUGGGAGGGGCCAAGGUGUGUUCAUCUCUCUGUCAGACUUCAUAAAUCUGUUUGUCUGCCUCUGGCUCGCACAGACGCCCCUGCCUCAUUUAGAUGUUGUCACUGAGGAAGAUGCAUCUAUGAACGCAAGACCACAGCAGAGGUACCUGCAGACAAAACCAGAGAGGAGGACAAAAACCUACAGAAACAUUGAGGUAGGAUCCACACCAUCUGAAAAGAAAUACAUUUUAAUACUUUGAGACUUUUUAGAAAAAACUUUUUUGUCAAAUAAAAAGAGGAAAAUCCUUUCAAAUUCCUCAGAUUCCAAGCUGACAGCUGUCUUUUCAUAACAGUCCUUUUUUUAAUAAUAUCAUAUUUGUCUUUUAUAACUGCAUGUCGAUCCAGCUGAAUGUGUUGUAGAUUUGCUGGAAAGAUCUUGCCCCUGUAUCACUGUGUGAAGCAUGUUGACCAGAGGGUUUAACCAGCUGUGUUUCUGGGCUCCAGACUGGAGCUCAGUGACAGCGAGACGGAUGAGCAAACUAAAACUAGCCCAUUCUUUCCAACUUUUACAGAGCUUAAAAAUAAUCCAUAAAACACACAAAUCAUAAAACAAGCUAAAUAUAAUACAGAAUCCCACUCUAUACAACUGGCAACAAAACAAAUGUUUCGGAUAAUUGGAGGGUGAAGCCAGGACGGAUUCUUUUGUUACUUCCAGCAAACUGUCAAAAUAUUGAUCAGGAAAUACUAUGUGAAUAAAUGCAAGACUAACAAACAGGUAAGAGAUAUCUGGGUGCACCAAAUCAACAAAAAACAAAGUUCCUGACUUUGCAUCCUGGCAGCCAAACAUGAAAGCAGAGAGAUCUUAGCACCUCUUGUUCUGAUUGUAAAUAUUGCAUUGAAAGCCUUUAAGUUAGAAUAAUCAAUAAAGAAGAAUAGUUUAAAGCUUCAGUAAGGAACUUUUGGUUUGUAUUGUUUUUGGCGCCCCCUGUGGACAAAAUUAUUUUUCUGAUUUCUUUGCUGUCUCUGGUAUUUAAGAGAGCGUUUAACAAAACUGCAGCAGUUUUAGGCAUUGAUAGUAUUUCAAAACAUUAAGUUAUAUGAAUGAACAAAUGAAAGGUAUCUAAAUUUAUUUCCCCCUGUUCAACAAUUGACUAAAAACUCAAAACAGCACCUCUAAAAAUGACUUUGUAAUGGUUCUCAAUAGUGCUUUUAAAAAUGUGCUCAACCUUUCUCUUUUUCAGCAUGCAAAGCUUCUCAGAAAUGAGCCAAUCCAAUGGACACGACAGACAAGAAAAUGAGACCAGAGAGAAAAGAGGAGGUGGGAAACUGCAGCUGGACCAGGAGACAACAGAUGAGGGUAAUGUGUACACUGGAAAGUUUGUCAAUGUCAGUUAAAGAGGGACCUUUUGUAUUCUGCGCUACCACUGUUGGCUGGAUUAUUGAGUUACUUUGUCCAAGUGACUUCCUUCAUGUAUAUUUCUGAUGCUGGUGGGUGAUUUCUGUCUGCACAGCAGUUAUUGACUCUAUAUGUGCAUCCCUCAUUUCAGUCAUAACUGACCAAAGAGUGAUGUCGGGAGAGGCUCUGGACAGGAGGCACAUUUGGGAGUCCAGUGUUUACUACACGCUGGUAAAGGAGCGCUUUUAUUUUGCUGGUUAUGACAUCAGCAUCCGUGAGUCAAUGGACACUUAUGGCGCCCUGAUCUGGCCUGGGGUAUGUCCUAACACUGCUGUGUGUACCUGAACAGCCUCUGAAUCUGGUUGUAGUAAACACCAUACUGCUAUUAAACAUGUAAAAUGAUGUUUUGCAGGCGAUAGCUUUGUGCCAGUUUCUGGAGAAUAACCAACAACAAGUGAACCUGAAGGACAAAGCAGUGCUGGAGAUCGGAGCUGGGACUGGUUUGCUCUCUAUAGUGGCCAGUCUGCUUGGUACGUCCAUGAUAAUCAAGUCUAUUGAACAGUAUGCAUAGGGGAAAAAAGGCUUUUCUUACAGCCUGCUGUCAAUUAUCUGGUUUGACUCUUAUCUCUCUCAGCAGUUCAAGGUAUUCAAAACUACAACAGAGAAUAUCAGUCUGGUUUCUAAUGUUUUGUUGGCUUUUGCAGGUCAUAGAGGUAUCAGGAUGAGUUUUAGCCUGUUUCUCAAACUGACUUUCCAAUUUAUUUGAAAUCUGAAGAUAUAUUUCACCAACUGUAGUCCCAUUACAUACAGUAAGACAGUUCUAUUUAGCUACAUCAUUAUCAAAUAAGUAUUAAGUAUGAUAUUUAUAUGAGAGUUGAUAAUUCAAAAAUAUAAAACACAGUUGUUUUAUUCUCUGGUUAAGGAAAAAGGCUGCGAAGAAUGAACUCUGACUUUGCACCUAUCUGUAAAUUUUGGUCAUUUAGUGAAAUGCCAUGAAAUAUCAGAGGGUCACUUAACACAGGGGUUGAUUGUCUGAGGAGCGUGACUUUCCACCCACACUGACAUUUCUGCAUUGCAAGCAGAAAAGAAGCUGCAAAGAUACACUGUCUUAAAAAAUAGAACAUUUUUAGGCCAAUAUUAAUAUUCUUGAUCAUGCCAGGGAACAUGUAGGACUUUUUAUUAUCUAUUAAACAAAACAGCCUUUCAGGAUAAUUCGAGAGAGCCAUUUCCUCAGCUUUCAUUUCACUCUGUACUAUUGAACAACUGUUAGAAAACCCCCGAGUACAAUGUCAGUGUAUUUUUUAUAAAGUUUGCAAAGUAAGAUUUAUUGAAGUAUGGAUUAAAAGUAUCACAUUUCACACAUUUAAUGUGCCCCCUGAAAUAGAUGCUAAGACUUAUCUCCCAUUAAUCCUAAGUGUUUCAUGAUGGCACAACAGGUGACAUCGAAGCAUUAGGUAGAGCAUAAAUGUCAACUCAAAGCUUUGCCAGUUGCAGAAACAUCAGCGUAACAUCUAGAUGUUAGUGUGGUCUAAAUACAACGUAUAUACACCUCAUGGAAAUGACAUGUUUCCCCCAUCCAGGUGCCCAGGUGACAGCCACAGACCUGCCUGACCUCCUGUCCAACCUGAGCUUUAACCUCCUGAGAAACACCAGGGGUACGUCCCGCUACACCCCCCAGGUGGCUGGACUUACCUGGGGCCAGAACCUAGAGCAGGACUUUCCCCACACUUCCUACCAGUUCGACUACGUGUUUGCAGCUGAUGUGGUCUACCCCCAUGACUGCUUAGAAGAACUCCUGGAAACCAUGCGUCACUUUUGCCGACCAGGAAGUGGAACGACGUUGCUGUGGGCCAACAAGAUCCGGUUCCAGUCAGACUUGAGGUUCAUUGAGAGCUUUAAAAGCAACUUCAACACCGCACUUCUCAGUGAACUCCCACAGCAGGAGAUGAGGAUCUACAAGGCCACAGCCAAAGAGUGA